GUUCCACGGUGACACACGCACACAUCCAUGUUUUUGAUUGUAUUGCUUCAUAAAUAUUUUUCGCCUACGAUAGCCAUGCAGGAGGCAUCCUGUGCUAGAUUUUUAGUAAAUUAGGUAGUUUUUAGUAUAUUACAUAUUAUGGAGCAGAGAAAAUCUAAUUCACCCAAACUAUUCGUGUGCACCGCUAUAGAAAACAAGGAUGACAUAGAAGAGAGAUACGAGAGAUCUUAUAACUUCUUUCAGUCAUUGGUUGCCGAUUGUAGCGAGAAAGAAGCUCAUGAUGCGUUAAAUAAUGCUGUGUGUAAGAAUCAUGAAGAAGUUUCACUGGGAAUGCUUAUGUCCAUUCUCACAGAGCCUCACAAUGCCACAAAAUGCUAUAGAGAUCUUACCCUUAUCACCAGAGAUGGUCUUACAUGUGUGCUCAAUAAUUUGUCUAAUUUGAUUCUAGACAGAUACUUAAAAUUUCAAGAUACCACCCGUAAUCAAUUGUUAUGGCUUGUAAAGGAGAUGAUAAGGAAUGCAGUCACUGGUGUGGAUAGUGUUUGUUGGAAUUUGAUGCGGUAUGCAUCUGGAGGUGAUAUCACCCCAAAGAAUAUAAUCUUAAUAGAAUCUCUGUUGGACAUAUACAUUGAAAACCGCACAUGGUUGGAUAAAUCCCCUGUACUUAUUUGUAUGGUAGUGUACACAUAUUUAAGAUUGAUAGAAGAUCACAAUUUACCACAUUUGGCAAAUUUGCGUCAAAGGGAAGUCAAUUUCGUAAUUACUCUUAUAAGAGAACGGUUUUCAGAUGUAUUAAAUCUGGGACGGGAUUUGGUGAGAUUACUUCAAAAUGUUGCUUGCAUUCCAGAAUUCAACCAGCUUUGGCAAGAUAUUUUGCAUAAUCCUAAAUCUUUAUGCCCCACUUUCACCAAUGUCUUACAAUUACUGCAAUCAAGAACAUCACGGAGAUACUUACAAUCUCGAUUAACACCUGACAUGGAGAGGAAGUUAGUAUUUCUGACAUCACAAGUAAGAUUUGGUCACCAUAAAAAGUAUCAAGAAUGGUUCCAGAGACAGUAUCUAGCAACUCCAGAGUCGCAGUCUCUUCGGAGUGAUAUGAUUCGGUUCAUAGUUGGGGUAAUACAUCCAACUAAUGAAUUAUUGUGUUCAGACAUAAUUCCAAGAUGGGCAGUGAUAGGUUGGCUGCUCACAACCUGCACUUCGAAUGUGGCAGCAUCAAAUGCUAAACUUGCCCUUUUUUAUGACUGGCUGUUUUAUGAUCCUGAAAAGGACAAUAUAAUGAAUAUAGAACCAGCAAUUCUGGUCAUGCAUCAUUCAAUGAGAUCACACCCUGCAGUCACUGCCACACUGCUUGAUUUUCUCUGUCGAAUAAUUCCAAACUUUUACCCUUUAUAUGCUGAGAAGGUGAAGCAAGGAAUUUUCAAUUCACUGCAGCAAAUCAUUGAAAAACGGGUGUUACCAAAUUUGCAGCCCUUGUUCGAUUCACCCAAACUUGAUAGAGAGCUACGUACCACUGUAAGAGAAACUUUCAAAGAAUUUUGUACUAAUGGAAAUGGUGAAGGUGUUUCUGGUAUUCGCGAAGAAGGAAAUGAAGAAUUGCCAAGGGGAGGACCUGAUGAGCCAGCAUUUUCAGAUGACGAAGAUGAUGACGAUAAAAAGAUGAUGAAUCCUGCUAUAGUUGGAGCCGCUGCUAUAGGAGAAGAUACAGACGAUGAUGACUUGCCUUUGUCAGAGGUUAGGGCUCGAGAGCGACCUGAACUGGCUGAUGCAAUGCCACUUAUAUUAAGACCAUUAGCAGAAACUCUCUUAGAUGAGAGAUCAUCCACUGCAACUACUGCUUUGCUGAAUGCAUGUAGUGCUCCAAUGCCAACACCUGUGGCCCUUGCAGACCUGGUCACAGCGGCCGUGCAGGACAACCCUCCAUUGCAUAUCAAUAGCAGUCCCAAACCAGCAGAACUUGAUGCUGCAUUGAACUCCCCAAUAUUUUCUAUGUUCCCUUUCUUAAUAGCAUCUGGAGAAGGAGGAGAAGCAAGACGUAAACUAGUUCUAGAAACAUUCAAAGAAAUUCACAAACAAGAUAUAUUUCACAAUGUUGGAUUUUACCUAUUAUUCUACUUGAAAGUAUGCUAUGAACGAGAAUUGAGAGCAGAACGGGACGUGACUAAAAGAAGACAGAUGAAAUUCAAAGCGGAGUUGUAUAAGGAAUAUUGUAGUUUUUUGGAAUUAAAAAUAGGCGAAAGUUUGGCAAAUGACUUCGAAAAAUGUCAGGAAUGUGAUGCUAAUGUACUAGUUUGGUUGAUACCAGACGUUUACAGAGAGUUCAAAGACCAAGCUCAAAAUCACAUAAGACUGCUUCACGCUAUAGUAUCCACUUUGGACGCCAGUCAAUUGCAACAUUUGGUUUGCCUUACACUGCAGGGGAAUUUGAUGAUGUUUAAGUCUGAUGACAUCACCACAAUGUUAUCGACUAGCCUCGGCUGGGAGACCUUCGAACAAUACUGCCUUUGGCAACUUCUAACUGCCCAUGAUAUUUCAGUUGAAGAUGUUUUACCAAUCAUACCCAACCUGUCCUAUAAAGACCAUUCAGAAGCGCUCACAUCAGUAUUACUAAUGCUGAAGCAAGAGAAACCCAACACAGAUGUUCUACGACAAUUAUUUUGCAGACCGUUAAAUGAAGAAGACACAUUUGUUGUGUCAACAUUGAUGUAUUGGUGUCAGGAUUAUGAAGACAAAGUCGGGGAUUUAAUAUCAGUUUUAUUGAGCACACGAUACCCAGGUACCAGCCCAAAUAAAAGAAAACGUCCAGGGAAGCACAGCAUACCACCGAAUGCUCCACCCUCCGCCGAACUAGUGCUCGGUCAUUUGGAACAAUUAAGGCUCUGCUGUUUGGAGCAAGAUGAUAUGUCCCUUUUCAAUAUGCAGUGUAUGCAGAAAGCAUUACAGCAAGCGCAAUCCAAUAGUAGUGAUUCAUUACGGAGACAAUACAGUGAUUUAUUCUGUCUGGUAUGGGAAGAUGAAUUGCCGAUAUCUAGGCGAGCUAGAAAACUGGUUUCUAUGUCAAUGCCCAUCAACCAGAACUUGCAUUCAUCUAAUGAUGACAGUGAGGAGGAAGAAAUCGUGAAGCCUAAACAAGCUAAACGUCGAAAGAAGGCAAUAUCUGAUAGCGAUUGACAUAUCUUGUGUAAAAAGAACGGUAAUUUUAAACACCAAAGUGCAACUCUACAAUACAAUCAUUAUUAGCAUUGUUUUGAAAUGGGUGGCCAAUGAUUUCUUAGAAAUGUAAGAAGAUACAAUAAAGUAUGGACCUAGUUUCAAUUUAGAUCAUAACAAAACAGAAAAAAAACUGUGAGAUUAUGGCAAGGCAAACCAGGAAAAAAAUUGUUGCGUCAAAUUAAAAUACAUGUGUUUUUGUAAAUAUCAGCCGAAUUUAUAGGUACAUGGAGUUCAACAACUUCAAAAAAUAUACUGGUUAAGAUAGUUCAAUUAACUUGGCUCGGUAUCCAACCAUUCCUCUUAUUCAAAAACAACAGUGACUAAUAGUGAAAUCAUUUUAAUAAUUGUAAACAUUUACCUUGCCAUUCAUAAAAAAGUUAAAACAUACUUUAAGCUAAAAUUUGUUUUGUCACUAUCACACUUUAUAAAUCAGAAAUUUACAGAAAUAGUAUGUUUUAAUUUUUUUGUGAGUAACAGGGUUAAUAUGUAAGGUUCAGCGUUAAAGUAGUAACAAAGAUGAUGUUUUUCCUAUCACCUGUGAAUCUUAUCUUAAUAAGUCGAUUCGAAUGUAGGUACCUAAUAAAAAUAUAUUUUUCUAUAGACUUCUUCAGAUACCAUCAUCAUCCACAUCUGGUUUAGAAAUAUGGCAAUAUUUGGCUGGUGUUUAGAAAACACUGUACCUAUUUGUAUAGGAAAUAAGAUAUCAGAAUUGACUCAAUAUGAUUUGAAUUGUGAAGUUUCGUUAUUGCAUUAUUCAUUCUUUUGUUAUGUUAUUAUUUUUAUAUCCCCAAUAAAUGAAACAGCUAUUUGUUAAGUUUGUUUUAUAUUUAUUAUGUAUCUGAGAACUAUAGGCCAUCCUGUACAACAAAGUUUUGUUACCUCCUUUUUAAAUAUCCACACAGGUGCGAUUCAAAGAAUGGUGCCUCAUUGUCAAAUAAUAAUAUGCAUUGGUAUGUGUAAUUCCACAGUUCUAGCACGUUUUGGAUAUUUGCUGAAAUUAAGUUUUCUUUGUGCACUGUAUGAUACAUCAUUUCGUGUUUUAGCAUGACAUGACACGGUAUAUGCACGAACUACAUGUUUUUCCCCACAUUACAUAUUUAAAUAGUUUCAAGCGAAGUCGCAUAAAUAUAAAGUAAUUAUUUACGAAAGGACGAAGCAAAGCUAUCCUUUCCUUAUGAUUAGAAUCGCUGAAUAAUUUAAGUUUCCAUUUUAAUUAAACUAGUGUUAUUUCCGACAACUUUCUCGGAAAUAAUAUGGAGUGAUAAAGUACGUAAUUUACGUUCGCUCAUUACUAGCUCAUACCACAGUUUUCACAUGAAUUCUAUAGAAGUGACUGACAAUUUUAAUACAAAAUGUUUCGUGCAUAUAUUCUAAAUAAUAAUGAAAAGGGUCAUGUCAUGUAUUGUAUAUUUUAUUUAGCUGUCCUUAAAUUAGUCAUUAUUUGUAAAGCUAGGUACGAUAUUCGUGUACAGUCUUUUUAAUUCCGCAUACAGUGUCGAUUUAUUUUAAGUGUAAAGUAAGAGACCAAGAUUUUUAUUCAAAGGAUAUAUUGUAUUGAUGCGAUUUUCGAAAUACGUUUUACACUAGGAUCAAUAAAGUAUUUCCCCCUA